CCCCGCCGCGUUCCCCACUCUUCUCUGCUCUGUGCCCCCCGCGGCCGACGUCUAUCCCUGUCCAAUUCCGAAUUCCACUGCGCUGCGCUGGCCCCCUCUCUCGACUCCCUGUCACUGCUCGCUCUCCCUCGGAUCCCACGCGGCUGCUGCGGCGGCGGCGGCGGUGGCGGAGGAGGAGGCUUAGGGUUUAGCGCGGGGAGGAGCUAGGGUUUUGGUGGGAGGAGGAGCGGAUGGGGACGGCGGGGAAGGGCGCGUGGGUGGUGCCGGCGCCGGCGUACAGGGAGGUGGAGGGGUGGGAGGGCGUGGGGGAGGACGCCCCGGGCUUCAGGUGCGGCCACUCGCUCACCGCCGUCGCGCCCACCAAGGGCCACGGCCCGCGGCUCAUCCUCUUCGGCGGCGCCACCGCCAUCGAGGCCGGCGCGUCCUCGGGCCUCCCCGGCAUCAGACUCGCGGGGGUGACAAACUCGGUGCACUCGUACGAUGUGGAGAAGCGGAGGUGGACAAGGUUGCAUCCCGCUGGAGAACCUCCAUCACCAAGGGCCGCACAUUCUGCAGCCGCUGUGGGCACCAUGGUUGUUUUCCAGGGUGGCAUUGGACCAGCAGGGCAUUCGACGGAUGAUCUCUAUGUCCUUGACCUCACAAACGACAAGUUUAAAUGGCACAGGGUUGUGGUUCAAGGGGCUGGUCCUGGUCCUCGCUAUGGUCAUUGCAUGGAUUUGGUAGCUCAACGUUAUCUUGUCACCGUUUCGGGAAAUGAUGGAAAGCGGGUCUUAUCAGAUGCUUGGGCUUUGGAUACUGCACAGAAACCAUAUAGGUGGCAGAAACUUAACCCUGAGGGCGAUAGACCUUCAGCAAGAAUGUAUGCUACUGCCAGUUCACGUUCCGAUGGCAUGCUUUUACUUUGUGGUGGAAGGGAUGCUUCUGGAACGCCACUUUCUGAUGCUUAUGGACUACUGAUGCAUACCAAUGGCCAGUGGGAGUGGACUCUAGCUCCGGGGGUAUCUCCAUCUCCAAGAUAUCAGCAUGCAGCUGUUUUUGUUGGUGCUCGGUUGCAUGUUACUGGAGGUGUCCUUAGAGGAGGGAGAGCUAUUGAAGGAGAGGGCGCAAUAGCAGUCCUCGACACCGCUGCUGGAGUUUGGUUGGAUAGAAAUGGCAUUGUGACCUCUCGCACUUUAAAAUCAUCUAAUGUGCAUGAUGCUUCUUCGGAUCUACUUCGUCGAUGUCGUCAUGCAGCUGCCUCUGUCGGUACUCAGAUAUACAUUUAUGGUGGACUGAGGGGAGAUAUCCUCCUCGAUGAUUUCCUUGUUGCUGAGAAUGCACCUUUACAAUCAGAAAUCACUUCAUCUAUGUACAAUGCUGAUAGAGUCCCACGGGGGGAAACUCCAAAUAGAAAUCAUAAUUAUUACUCGGAUUCAUCUGUCCAGCAAUCUUCAAAUAACAGCCCGGACAAAAAGUCAAUUGACAUGUUGAUAGAGGCCUCAACUGCGGAAGCUGAAGCUGUAAGCGCUGUAUGGCGAGCUGCUAAGGAAGCAUCUGCAGCAUCUUCAGAAGACAGUCUUUCAGAGGGAAUAGGAUCUGAGUCCCCACUGAGUGACACUUCGCCAAUGCCUGAAGAUUUUGAUGAUGGGGGCUCCCUAGAACCUGAUGUGAAACUACAUUCUAGAGCAGUUGUAGUUGCUAAAGAAGCAGUAGGAGAUUUAGGAUGCUUGGUUAGACAGCUUUCACUCGAUCAAUUUGAGAAUGAAAGCAGACGAAUGCACCCUUCAAGCAAUGACCAAUCUUAUCCAGGGAGGAGAGCAUUAAAUAGACAACGAUCACCACAAGGUUUGCAUAAGAAGAUUAUUUCGUUCUUACUUAAGCCAAGGAAUUGGAGAGCUCCUGCUGAUAGAACCUUUUUCCUUGACUCUUAUGAAGUUGGCGAGCUAUGCUAUGCUGCUGAGCAGAUUUUUAUGCAAGAGCCAACUGUUUUACAAUUAAAAGCACCAAUUAAAGUAUUUGGUGAUCUUCACGGGCAGUUUGGGGACCUAAUGCGCCUUUUCGAUGAAUAUGGUUUCCCAUCAACUGCUGGUGACAUAACGUACAUUGAUUAUCUCUUCUUGGGAGACUAUGUUGACCGCGGCCAGCACAGCUUGGAAACAAUAACUUUGCUUCUUGCUCUUAAAAUUGAGUACCCGGAAAAUGUGCACUUAAUCAGGGGAAAUCAUGAAGCUGCUGACAUCAACGCUCUUUUUGGCUUCCGCCUUGAAUGCAUUGAGAGAAUGGGUGAAAGUGACGGGAUAUGGGCUUGGACAAGAUUCAAUCAACUGUUCAAUUAUCUCCCACUUGCUGCCAUGAUAGAAAAGAAAAUAAUUUGCAUGCAUGGUGGCAUUGGAAGGUCAAUAAACACUGUGGAGCAAAUUGAGAAACUUGAAAGGCCUAUUACAAUGGAUGUUGGGUCCAUUAUCCUCAUGGACCUCCUAUGGUACUUGGUGACCCUUUUAUUGUGUUCUUCACGUUUAUCUAUAACACGACUACGAACACUUUAUUUCUUGUGUAAAUGUAGGUCUGAUCCUACAGAGAAUGAUAGCGUCGAGGGUUUGAGACCAAAUGCACGAGGACCUGGCUUAGUGACAUUUGGGCCUGAUCGAGUAACAGAGUUCUGUAAGCGAAACAAAUUGCAAUUGAUCAUAAGAGCCCAUGAGUGUGUGAUGGAUGGGUUUGAGCGUUUUGCUCAUGGGCAAUUGAUUACUUUGUUUUCAGCAACUAAUUACUGUGGUACUGCGAACAAUGCUGGGGCCAUACUUGUGGUUGGCAGGGGCUUAGUUGUUGUACCAAAGUUAAUUCAUCCACUUCCACCACCUGUUAAUUCACCUGAGUCCUCCCCUGAACGUGGGGAUGCCACAUGGAUGCAGGAACUUAACAUUCAGCGGCCACCUACUCCAACCAGAGGGCGGCCACAAGCUGCCGGUGACAGGAAUUCUCUUGCUUACAUAUGAUACAUGACAGAGCCACCUCAAGCUUCUGGAUCUGUUGUUUGUAAUCAGAAAUUUGUUGGCAGUUUCAAGGUACAUAUGGUAUACUCCAGAAGAACAAUCAACCAACCAACAGGACAUCAUGGAUUUCAACUGUGAAAAGUUUCCUGAUUGUCCAUUGUAAUGCAUCAAUGUUACGUGUAGUAGAUGUGGUACCAUGAUCUGAUCUCCUUAUUGGGAAGCUACAAAAUAACAAACAGUUCAGAUCGGCGUGACAUUAUAUGCCUCCCAACCUGAUUCGGUCUCUCUGUACUACAUUGUUUGGAUAGGAAGAUGCAAUAGUGAUAUGAUGGACAAUAAUCAAGUCUGAUGUAGUUUUCUGUAAUAGCUCACCUGUAAUUGUAGUGUACAUGGCUAGAUUGUUGUUGUUUCAGAGUAUGUGUUUGUAUACCAUGCCCCAGUGUCAGGGCGUUGUUUAAACGCAACAGCUAUACAACUUAUCAGGUUCUGAGUUUAGAUUGGCCUAGGAUUUGAGGCUUUUCAUCUGCUCUCUGAGGAGCGUGAAUGUUGUAAGUUAAUGAUUGGAUUUACAUAGGUGUCAAUGUGAUAAACUAAUUAAGUAGUGCUGAAAUUCAGUGGCUGCUUCGAGUGACCC